AUGGCAGCCAGGGCUUCUCUAUCCCAUGACGAUUACACGGUCGGAUGGAUAUGCGCUUUACCCCUGGAGAUGGCAGCCGCAAAACUAAUGCUGGACGCAAUACACCCGAAUCUACCUCGCCCAGCGACAGAUCAAAACACGUAUAUUCUUGGAAAUAUCGAGGAACACAAUAUUGUUAUUGCCUGUUUACCAAGUGGCGCAUAUGGCACUGUAUCAGCUGCAACGGUAGCGAUGCAGUUGCUCUCUAGUUUCCACUCUAUCCGAUUUGGCCUUAUGGUCGGUAUCGGUGGAGGUGUACCAAGCAGCAACGCAGACAUUCGCCUAGGCGAUAUUGUGGUGAGCCAGCCAGCAGACACAUCCGGAGGUGUGAUCCAAUACGAUCUAGGUAAAGCGUUCAGCGGUGGUCAAUUCGAGCGGACGGGAAUGCUUAACCGGCCACCUAAGGUCCUACUGACUGCCAUCGCUACACUCCAAGCCCACCACUUUACAGAAGAUAGUCGAGUUCUUGAAUUUGUCUCUGACGUCCAACUCAAAACGACCCCGCGCAGAGCUGCAACCUUUACACGACCCACUCAAGAGGACUGUUUAUAUCAAUCAGAAUAUAUCCAUGGAGGAUCUGAUACAUGUAUCGAUUGUGAUCGAUCCAAACUGGCUCCGCGGCUUUCACGAGACUAUGAAGAACCAGUGAUCCACUAUGGACUGAUUGCAUCUGCAAAUCAGGUAGUGAAAGAUGGUAGACUGCGAGACCAGCUGGCUCGAGAUCUAGGGGUCCUCUGUGUGGAAAUGGAAGCUGCAGGGCUCAUGAAUGACUUUCCUUGCUUAGUGAUUCGGGGUAUCUGUGACUAUGCUGACUCACACAAGAACAAAAAAUGGCAAGGAUAUGCGGCAGCGGUGGCAGCAGCCUAUGCUAAAGAACUUGUCUUGGUGGUUCCGAUCGAUCAGAUUGAAACUACUCCAACAGCACGAGACACUCUAGCGGAUUCUGUCCACCGCUUCAACGUCCCUCUAGACCUGACCACAGUGCCUGUAAUUACAAAAUUCGUGGGACGGCAAGACGAGCUAGACAAUCUGUGGCAGUAUUUACAACCGACAAAUUCACCGUCACGGAAAGUUGCAAUUCUUCACGGGCUUGGCGGAAUGGGAAAGACGCAGCUAGCGAUUCGCUUCGCGAGAGAUCAUAGAGAUGAUUUUACGGCGAUCUUCUGGCUGAGUGGCAAGGAUCGCGAUGCGCUCUUGCAAUCGUUGAGCUUUGCCUUGAACCGAAUACUAGGACAGGGCUGUGAUAGAGAGGCGACUAAUGACGGAGAAGUGGAGCAACGAGCUAGGCAUAUGUUACGGUGGCUAGCAUUGGAUGGCAACUCGCGCUGGCUAAUCAUUUUUGAUAACAUCGAUCAAUACUCCCCAUUCAACAGCGCUGUUGGUGUUGGGUACGAUAUCCGGGAAUUCUUCCCUACAGCAGACCAUGGCUCCAUCCUUAUCACCUCUCGACUCCAGGCGCUGAGCGAGCUUGGGGAACCUUUUCCGGUGCACAGGCUAGACUCUUAUAACUCAAUUCAACUACUCCUACAAAGCAGUGGUCUAUCAGCAAGGAACACCACUAGCAAACUUGACAACAAUCCAGAUAUCCGUACUCUUGCCAGUCGUCUGGAUGGCCUGCCAUUAGCCAUUGUUAUCGCCGGGGCAUUCAUGCGUGAAACUGGAACCAGCAUCACUGAGUACUUGCAGUACUACCAAGAAUCUUGGUCUCAGCUACAGCUGCAAUCGAAUCCUGGACGACAGUACCAGCAAGGCAACAUGCUGCAAACAUGGAUGAUCUCAUAUCUUGAGAUCCAGAAGCGUGAUCCAAGUGCAGCAGACCUUCUAUUGCUACUUGCUCGUUUUGAUAAUCGUGAUAUCUGGUACGAGUUAGUGAAGAGUGGCCGUCACAGCUCAAACGUCCCGGACUGGCUCCAAAACACUAUAUCAAGCGGACUCGCGUUCAAAAUUGGCCUGAAGUCUCUCAUCGGAUUCUCUCUUCUUGAGAGUAAGCAACAAGAAGGAAGCUAUGCGAUGCAUCCAGUGGUACAAGACUGGUGCCUUCAUGUUGCCAACACAGACAAAAAUGUGAAUCCGAUGCAGCUUAAUGAGCUAGCACUGAUAUCUGUUGGAUACUCUGUGCCCAGUGCAAAUGAUAGGGACUAUUCAGAGCUUCAGCAACGGCUUCUUCCACACGCCAAUUAUGUAUGUUCUCUAGAUUGGUCAGAUGACAAUAUUGAGUUAUGGGGGGCAUUCCAUCGUUUAGGGGAGCUUUACUCUGGUCAGGGCAAGCUGCAGGAGGCAGAAGAAAUAUACCAGCGAGCUCUGACAGGAUAUGAGGAGGCUCUAGGUCCUGAUCAUACAUCUACUCUCCAUACAGUCAACAACCUUGGCUUUCUCUACUCUCAUCAAGGAAAGCCGAAAGAGGCAGAAGAGAUGUACCAGCGAGCACUGACAGGCAGGGAGAAGGCAGAAGAGAUGUACCAGCGAGCACUAACAGGCAGGGAGAAGGCCCUAGGUCCGGAUCAUAUAUCUACACUCGAUACAGUCAACAACCUUGGCAAUCUCUACUAUGAUCAGGGCAAGCUACAGGAGGCAGAAGAGAUGUACCAGCGAGCUCUGACAGGAUAUGAGGAGGCUCUAGGUCCUAAUCAUAUAUCUACUCUCGCGACAGUCAACAACCUUGGCAUUCUCUACUCUGGUCUGGGCAAGUUAAAGGAGGCAGAAGAGAUGUACCAGCGAGCACUAUCAGGCAAGGAGAAGGCUCUAGGUCCUGAUCAUACAUCUACUCUCGAUACAGUCAAUAACCUUGGUAUUCUUUACUCUGAUCAGGGCAAGCUGAAGGAGGCAGAAGAGAUGUACCAGCGAGCACUGGCAGGAUACGAGAAGGCCCUUGGCCCGCACCAUAUAACACACGCACCUACUCUCAAUACAGUCUACAACCUUGGCAAUCUCUACUCUAAUCAGGGCAAGCUAAAGGAGGCAGAAGAAAUGUACCAGCGAGCACUGGUAGGAUACGAGAAGGCCCUUGGCCCGCAACAUAAAACACACGCACCUACUCUCAAUACAGUCAACAACCUUGGCUUUCUCUACUAUGAUCAGGGCAAGCUGAAGGAGGCAGAGGAGAUGUACCAGCGAGCACUAGAGGGCAAGGAGAAGGCCCUAGGUCCUAAUCAUACAUCUACUCUCACGACAGUCUACAACCUUGGCAUUCUCUACUCUAGUCAGGGCAAGCUGAAGGAGGCAGAAGAGAUGUACCAGCGAGCACUAUCAGGAUACGAGAAGGCCCUAGGUCCUAAUCAUACAUCUACACUCGAUACAGUCAACAACCUUGGCCUUCUCUACAAGGAUCAGGGCAAGCUGAAGGAGGCAGAAGAGACGUACCAGCGAGCACUGACAGGCAACGGGAAUGCCCUGGGUCCAGAACACGAUAGAACUCGGUGA